GAAGCUUAUAUAGCCAACGUAGAGCAGCUUGCUAAACUCAAACAAAAGCAUGAUGAGAAUAAAGCACAUGUGAGGUUACACUGCUUUGGUUUUGAUUUUCCUUCAGCCAAACUUGGCAAGAUGCAAAGUAAAUCUUUAGAAGGCUUUGAGAAGAUGUAUUCUCUAAAGUCAGUUGAUAACUGUACGGCAAGUGACAAGAUACACUGUGUUACAAGCCAGCUGAUGGAAAAGGCUAGAAAGUAUGAUCCUUCUGGAUACUUCCUCACUGAAGAUAUAUUCCACAUCGAUUUAAGGAAUCCUUCGGAGACAUACUGCAGCAAACCUGUUAAAUUUAUGGAACUCAAAAUUUGA